AUGAACGAUAAUCAAAAUGAUGAAAAGGUUGUUGAGGAGGUGUUGAAAACAAAGGUUAUUUCUCGUAGAAAAAGGAGAACAAAAAUUCUGAUUCAACCCAUUGAAGAAGAAGAAGAAGUAAAAACAACAACAAUUGUACCACCACCUGUCGUUGUUGCUCGUAAUGUUGAACAAUCAUCCUCCGAAGUUAAAGAGGACAUUGAUCAAAAGGAAAAACAGGAAAUAGUGGUUCAUCAUCACAACAAAAGAAGGAGUACUGGUAGUAAUAAUGAUAUGGAAUAUGACGAUUCUAGUUGCAUUGAUAUUUCAAUAGUGAGUGAUGGAAUGGAUAAUAGUCUAGUUGAGGAUGAAGUAAUGGAAGAUAAGACAGAUGGUGUCUAUUCGGAGGAAAAUAAUUCUGGUGGUGAAGAGGAUGAAGAUGAAAUGAAUAAGUACAUAGAUGAAGACGAAGAGGAAGAUUCUGAUGGCGAAGAAAAUCAUGAGGACAAGCCAAUUCAACAUGAGGAGGAAGAUGAUGAAACUGCUGAUAGACGGAGAUCUUCCUAUCCUUUUGUUGAAUUAUUGUUGGAGAAUGAAUUAGUCACACCACCAAUGAUUCUUCCAUAUAUUGAGAAUAACUUUCAUCCAAUCUAUCAUUUGUGGAAACAUGGAUUUAUUCACUUGAAUAUGAAUAGUAAUAUAAUAGAUUAUCAUAUCAAUUAUUUGAUGAAGUAUGUCAAAAAAGUUGAUGAUUAUGAGUAUUCUAUUAUCGAAAUUGAUGUGAGAGAGUAUAGUACCUUGUCUUCAGUUUUACACUCUCUAUUAAUCAAAAUGUUCGACCACACAAAAUUCAGAAAGGUACCUUCCAAGGUUUACUUCUUCUCUAAAUUGAGUGAAUUGACUGACAAGUUUUGCAUUCUUCUGAAAGGUAUUAACGAUUUUGAGUUAUUAUCAAUAUUUAUGAAUUUAUUUAGGAAUAGUUCUAAUAGAAUUUGUGUAUUUUAUAUUGAUAACAAACAUUUAUCGUUUGAUAAUGUAAAUAUCAACUCUAAUAAUAUUAUCAAUAUAUAUAGUAACAUAAUUUAUAAUACAGUAAAUUGUAAUGAUAUGGAUGUAAUCAAGUCCUAUCUUGUGAAUAAUAUUGUAGAGUUUAGUGAGUAUAGGGAGAUUUUUGAGGAAUUUAUAGAACUCUUCUUGAAUGUUCACAUGAGUAUGGAAAAGAAUAUUAUAAUAUUUAUUAAAAUAAUUCCUAGAUUAUUCAAACAUUGUUUGACUCAAGUCGACACGACGAAUGAGAUUACCUGUAUGAGUCUUUUCAAAUUGGUGAGCAAUAUUUCAUUCCAUCAAUUGAUAGAAAUGUUCGAUGUGUACAAUUUGAAGGAGCUUGCUGCUAGAUCCCUAAAUAAUCCAUCUGACAAGAAGAAUAAUUUGGAAGAAUUUUUGGAGAGUGAAAGUAUUGGUUCAACCAGUGAAUUAAUUGAAAAGCACAUUAUUAUUGCAGCCUAUGUUGCUAGCAAAAAUUCGAAACAGUGGGAUACACUAUUGGAUAAUUCAUUGAAACAAAAGAAAAAGAGGAAAAAAUUAGACGAAACAUCAAGUGUAAAGAUUAGCACCAAGACCAAUAAGAAACAAUUAUUUGACAUACCAAGAUUGUUGUACAUUUUCAGAAAUAUCAUUAGCAAUUCCCAACAUGUAGAUUCUCUAACUGGUCCAAUUGACUAUAUUCCACACAUUUCAAGUCUACUGAGUAAGAAUGUCCUCGAAUGGAAACGAAAAAAGAAUGAAAUUUUACAAUCCAAUAUGAAUAGUGGAGAGCACAUGAUGACACUUUCUUCCAAGUAUUCAUUUCCAAUUGUGAAAGAAUUGGCAACUGAAUUGGGAAUUAGCACACUCUUUGAACGUUAUGUUGAAGAGGAAUAA